AUGGCCAUUGGGACUAGUUCCCAAUGCCGAAGCCCAGCCCACUCAUCAACUAUACUUCAAGAGUCCAUUGAUGAGAAGGGGUCAGGGGAAGCUUCAACUCAAUUCCUACACACCGACCACCAUAAUCACACAUUUCCUGCCGGCGUCGAGCUCCUCACAGGUGACGGCAUCUUUAGUUUCGGGUACGAAUUGUUGGCCCGACCAUCGGAAAAUCACCACCCGAAUCAUAAAUCCGAAAGGAUCUUGAGAGUGAUCAUGGAGAUCACCCGUGCUAUGGGCGCACAAGGAAUGGUGGAGGGCCAAUACCUACAGCUGCGGCGGAGUGGAUCUUUAUCGGAUGAUGGAUUCAUGGUGGGUAAGCUGGGUAAGGUGGGCAGAGCUAUUGAGAAGAUGGAAGGUGGGCUCUACGCGUGUGGAGCUGCAUGUGGGGCCAUCUUAGGGGGAGCUACUAAGGAGGAAACGGAGAGGCUCAGAAGCUUUGGACGCUAUGCGGGCAUCAUACAUGGGAUCAUGACAUCAGUGGCUAAUGAUGAUGAACAUGAGGAAGAGGAGGGAUUGAGUGAAAUGGUGGAGAAGCUUAGAUCGUUGGCUCUCAAGGAAUUGGAAUGCUUCGAUCAUCAGCCAAUGGUUGAGAUCAUUUCAAGCAUUCUUCACUUGGAUUCACUGCUUCAGUUCACCAAGAAGCAGGCCCAGUCAAUCAGUUAAGUGUAAUAUGUAGCAAGUACAGAAAUGAAGGGAAGAGAAAUCAGUUUUUUUUUUUUCCUUAACAAAACUUUUGUAAUGAUUUAUCUAAAACAUCUAUCAUAUUUGAUAAUUAUAUUUUCA